CCCACAGCUCUCCUGCAGUGGUUUCACUUUCAACGAAGUUAGUGGCGACCAUAGGGAUAGGAAAGUUGGCCGAAUCUUGCUUAGUGCAUUGGACAAAAAAAGAAAAAAAAAGGGAAAGGCCUCCUGGGCUAGCCAAAGUUACAUCGAUGACCUAAUCACUUUUGAAGACUCGUACUAGCUACGCAGAAAAGAUGGCGACGGAAAUUCGCGACUUUAACGAUGUCGUGAAGGAGACGUCGUCUUCCUCCACAACGGACAGUCAUAUGCCCCUGAUCGAUGAUCUGAGAUCGGAAACAGCCACGACAUCCAACCACGUUUACAGCCUGAACAAUGACGAUGAAGGAGGUCGCCAUAGGAUGGGACGAGGCUGGCCGCGCUGUUGCGCUAUUUCAGGCUUGGUUACUGCAGUCGUCGGUGCCGUCCUGGCCCUCACUUUUCCUUUACUCUACCACGCCAUUCUCAAUUAUGAAUUAUCGCUUCAAAAAGGGACGUUGUCCUACAAAUUAUGGGACGAACCUCCAGUGGCCAUGUACAUCAAAUUUUAUCUCUUUAAUAUAACCAACAGCGAAGAUGUAGUAAACAAUCAAGCGAAGCCUAUUCUUCAACAGCUGGGACCAUACACUUUCAAAGAAUCGCACCAUCGAGUCAACAUCCAGCCUCACGACAACUAUACGAUGACUUAUCAGCAACGUCGAGUCUGGCAUUUCAUCGAAGAACUUAGCAACGGAACCCUGCAGGAUAAUAUUACGACUCUCAACGUUCCACUAGUGGGCGCCACUUACACACUCCGUUUCCAGCCGCUUUGGUAUAAAGUGGGCUUUAAUCGAAUUGUCAAAUUGUUGGGCAGCCAAAUGUUUGUGACAAAGAACGCUUCGGAAUUGCUUUUCGAUGGAUAUCCUGAUCCUUUACUCGAACUUGGAAAACGUUUACCUCCAGGCACCUUUCCGCCCUUUGAUAAAUUUGCCUGGUUUUAUCAACGCAACAACUCCGAGUCGUACGACGGGGUGUUUAAUAUCUUUACCGGUGAGGAUCACAUUAGCAAGAUGGGCGAGAUGGACCUAUGGAAUUACACAUCACAAACAAAUUAUUAUGAAUCUUAUUGUGGAAUGGUCAAUGGGUCUUUUGGUGAAGCCUGGCCCCCGCGCCGUAAUAAAACCAAUAUCUCGAUGUACAUCACUGACAUCUGCAGAACGGUGACCCUAGACUACGAAAAGGACGUGGUGGAUGUAGGCGUGUCAUCCUACCGUUUUGCGGCCAAUGAAAAGGUGUUCUCGAAUUCCACAGAUCAUCCGGACAAUUGGUGUUUCUGCUCUGGCGGCGUUUGCAAUCCUUCCGGUGUCGGGAACUCUUCCACUUGCCGUUUUGGUGCACCCGUUUUUGUCUCCUACCCCCACUAUUACCUGGCCGAUCCAUAUUACAUCAAUCAAGUGGAAGGAUUGAGUCCGAAAAAGAACCUACAUCAGUUCUACAUUGAUCUGGAACCUGAAAUGGCAGUUCCAACAUCCGUGAGAGCUCGUUUGCAAAUCAAUAUUCUCAUUGAACCGGACAUUGAUAUUGAGGUCGUGAGAAAUUUCCAACGAAUAUUUCUCCCUCUCGUCUGGUUUGAAAUCAGUGCUGAUUUGACCUCAGAUCUCGGCUUUUGGAUAAACUUUGCCAACCAGUUGCCCAUGUAUGGGACAGCCGCCUUUUUCGCCAUCUUUUGCCUCAGUCUGGUAGGCGUGGCUGUCUCGGGUGUGUUUCUCGUCAAGAGAAGAUCGCGGACGCACGCCAUCGCCUCGGUUGAUCCCAACAGCAAAGAAAGCGACACGACAGACUCUUGAAAGUCCUGUCUUUCAAAAUCGUAUUGGAUUUUGCACUUGGAAAAAAAGGUAAAACAAACAAAAACAAUCAAUCAAUUUAUAUCAUGAAUUCCAAAUAUUCACGUGAUCAUCUCUCGCAUUCACGUGUCUUACUAUUACCAUUAUGUUGAUUCUAUACUGACUACUAUUACUAAAUGAUUAUUGCAAUACGCAUGUAUACGUGCCUUUCGUUUUAACGGUAAUAGUGUAGGUGCCUAUUAAUUGCCAUGUUUAUAUUGUUGAUGAAAUUGCCUUGGUUAAGUGAAUGACCGUGAAAAUAUCAAGAUGUGCUUACCUGUAGAUAGUUGGCUUAGAAUGUCAACUAGUCACCA